CCAACCGGGGGGCGCUGCAGUUAGAACGAGCCACCAUCAGCAGCCCGGAAAUCAGCUUUCGUCUUUUGCCCCCUUCAAACAUGGCGGAGGUCAGGUUAUGUUUUGGAAGGGGAGCGUACAACUUUGCACACAAAUUCUACAACCGACAACUCCUUGAAAGUCAAGAUAAAGGUGCAAUACAGGCUUCUUCUCUAUCGACUGGGUUACUGUUGGGUGAUAUCCAAAAUGGAGAACUGCAUGGAGCCGAUAAUGCAGCAGACAAAGUGACCGGUGGAGUUUCAAAGGACAAUUACACAAGCGUGACACUACUGUAUGGUUCGGUUAACGAGGUUUGGGAAAACGCAAAUGUCGCUGAAUUUUACGAUUUUUUUGGACUCAACAAAGAGUAUUCACUUUCUAAUAAGUCCAAGGUUCAAAAUAUAGAGACAAAUCUACCCUGGUACCGGAUUAACGCCAUGUUUCGGAGGACGUUGUGCACCUCCGGGUCCGCUCGUCGACAACAGACUUUCGGUUUGUGUUGGGGACAUGGACAGUUCAUCAGAGCUUACAGCGGCAACGGAACCCGAUCUGAGCCCCUUUACAAAACCAAAACAGGCUACUAUGAAAUCCUGGAGGUGUCCCCUACCGCCACUCAAGUCCAGAUAAAAACAGCCUACUACAAGCAGUCCUUCAUCUACCACCCGGAUAGAAACGCCGACAGUGAGCACGCCACUGUCCGCUUUUCUGAGAUCAGCGAAGCCUAUACCGUGCUGGGCAGUAAGGCACUGCGGAAGAAAUACGACCGGGGUAUGUUGAGUCAGUCGGACCUUAUGGCAACAGCCAGACCCUCCGCCAAGGACACAGGGAGCUCCGCGAAACAGACGACCGAAAGCCGACGGUCUAUGGUGGGCGCAGACAGCCGAGGAGACGUCUUUGAUUUCGACAAGUUUAUCAAGGCCCACUACAACGAGCAGCUGCAGAGAGAAAGAGAUAUCAGAGUCCGAAAAGAGGAGAUGCUUAAGAAGAAGCAGGAGACGAUUGAGGAGAAGAAGAUGGGAAGGAUGAUGGAGAUGGGAGUUGCGGUGCUGAUAGCGAUGGCCGUGGGUAUACUGGCCAGCUUAAAGCGGUGAUGAAGUGUUGAAAUGAAAUAUUUCAGUUCAUCAGUUUGCAAUCCCAGCACAGUGCUGUAUACUUUCAUACUGUCUGAACACAGCAUUCACUGGUUUUUGCCCAGUGUAGCGUUUGUCAAUCACACACGCACACAGUCAAUGCGACUCCCAGCAGUAGGGAUUACUAGUACUGACAGUUUUGAGUCUGCCAUACAUAUCAGAAUAAAAGGACAUUAUUAUUUUAUUUUAAAUCAGUAAUUAUCUGGUUAAAGAAUAAAUAACAUGAUUAUGAAUCUUACCAGGCAAUCGCAACAUUCUGUACUUUCCAGUUCUGAUACAGAAACAUUUGAGUCCGUAGAGUAUUAGGGUUCGACACCCAGCUUUACCCACGAGUAAUGCACUGUGCCGUGAAUGCUGUCUUCAAAUUAAAUCCACAAGUCACUGGUUGAUUUACAACCAACAACCGUUCAACUUUGGCUUUUAUAAAGUCAUCUGUCUUGCAGAUAUCUUUAUUUUUAAUGGUUAAACUGGUUUAAAUUAUAUUUAACGUAUUGCUAUUUAUGAAAUAUGUGUGGCAAUGUAAGGAAUUAUGGGAUGUGUGUGUCAUCAGUCAUCUUGAGAGCCCAUGAAACGGGGGUAUUAUAGGAACUGUAGGUUUAUGCUCAUUAAAAAGGUGCCUUGGAUGAUAGCUAUUGUAAACAUUAUGAUUACAUUGUUCAGAUAUUUAACUAAUAAAUACAUCUUGAGCAGUGCCUGUCAGAGCACAGUGAAACAAA